GAAACCCCAUCUCUCUUAGAAAAGGGCGUUACUUCUAGCGCGUGAUAUUGUGACAUAAAAGUGCUAGCUGGUUCGCUAAAUUCGGAAGUUGACGCAGGCCUUUGGAAGGUCACGAAGAAAGAAACAUGGAUGUCCGGACUGGUUUAAUCGUUUUGUUCUGCCUGAUUGGACUCAACUGUGCUCUGCCUGUGAAAUUCGUAGACUGCGACUCCCCUUCUGGAAAAGCGCUCAUCGUGGACAUUACCCCUUGUGACGUUCAGCCAUGCGCGCUACACAUCGGACAGUCCUACACAGUCAAUGUGACAUUCAGCAGUGCUGUGCAGAGCGAGACGAGCAAAGCAUAUGUUUACGGAAUGGUGGCAGGAAUUCCCGUCCCCUUCCCAAUUCCUGAGAAUGAUGGCUGCAAGUCAGGAGUUACGUGUCCAAUCCAGAUGAAGCAGAUCUAUCACUAUGUGGCCACUCUACCCAUCAAGCCUGAGUAUCCCACAAUAAAGGUGACUGUGAAGUGGGAACUGAGUGAUGCCAACAAUCAAGACUUAUUCUGUAUCAAGUUCCCUCUUCAGAUUGUGCAAAACCAGCAACAGGACCUCAGAUAAAUGUGGUGGCUUUAAGCGAUGCAGCUUGAUGAAAAACCGAAGUAGAAUGUAAAUGAUUAUAGUUAACAUCUAAUUUUACUCAAUUUGAUCUUUUUAAAAUGUGUCUCACUUUUGCAAGACUUUGCUAUACUUGCAUCUUAAAUCCUGCUGGAACAAAUGAAUCAAUGGCUAAUGUUGCUAUGACUUUGUUGCUGGUGUCAAAUAAUGUGGUUAAUGACCCUGUCUUAACUGUAUCAAUAAAUGCAAAUGUCUUCAUGGCUGCUGUGUAGUCAGAAAAGGUACAAACUAUGCCUUUUCUUUACUAAAGCUUUUAUUUCUACUGAACGUGUUAUUAGCCGUGUGGAUUAAAUUCAAAUAAAUUCAUCUAAUAUGUG